CAAAGCAAUUCGGCUCAGAUCGUUCGUAAGACAAAUCCAAAGACUUCAAUUCAGUUGGCCAGAGACAACGAACUUGAUUGGAGCUCUGAGAGUUGGUCUUAAUUUUAUGGUAAAGUCAACAAUAUUAUCGGUAAAGUGAUAAAAUUAGAACGGUCACAUAUUAUCCAUACAUUCUAUCACACGCUUUCGAAUGUAUCUUACCGACAAGGAAGUUUAUAGUCAAGCCACACAUUUUGGAUAAAAAAAAAACAAUAAUUCAAAAAAUUAAUUGUUUGCAUUUUUCUGCUGCUGAGUGGUUUCCUUAAAUAAAUACAAGAAUUCCUUUUAGCCGUGGGAGAUGUCUGCUAUAAGACAUCGCCCUCUGGCUCCGCCAGGGAAUGGCGACAGCGAUGAUAAUUUCACAGACGAUGAGAGUCAACCUUUAACACAAGAUAUUUAUGGUGGAAGCCAACGUACGAUUCAAGAAACAAAAGGAUGGGAUGUUUUUCGAGAUCCACCUCUAAAGGUGGACAGUGGAUCUAUGGCUAACCAAGCUUGUUUAGAAAUAACUGUUAAAAUAUUAAAAGUAUUUGCAUAUUUAGUAACAUUUAUAAUCGUACUGACGGGAGGAGUUCUAGCUAAGGGCUGUGUAUUAUUUAUGACAUCACAAAUACGUAGAGAUAAGAAAAUAUUAUAUUGCAAUAAGGACCUUGGUCGUGAUAAAACCUUUGCAGUUAAAUUACCCGAAGAAGAGCGGAUAGCAUGGAUUUGGGCAAUCAUAAUUGCAUUUGCAGUACCCGAGGUUGGUGCUCUCAUUCGAGCAGCUCGUAUUUGUUUCUUUAAAACCUUCAAAGUGCCGAAGAAGGGCUACUUUUUGUUCCAAUUGCUGAUGGAAAGUUUAAGUUCCUUCGGUACGGCGCUGCUAAUGUUUAUCGUUUUGCCCGAAAUCGAUGCCAUUCAGGGAGCUAUGCUUACCAAUUGCCUUGUAUUAGUUCCGGGAGUUUUGGGUCUUUUAUCUAGAUCUUCUAAAGAAGGAAAAUGUGCAGUUAAGGCACUUGUUGAUAUAGCAGCCAUUGCCGCACAAGUUACAGGUUUUGUUGUUUGGCCUUUGCUGGAAAAUCGACUCGUUUUGUGGGCCAUCCCUCUGUCAUGUUUCAUGAUUUCGUGCGGUUGGUGGGAGAAUUUCGUCUCAACACAAUCCCCGAUUGGUUUUGUACGGUCUAUGGGUCGUGUGAAGGAAGAACUUAAAUAUACUCGCUACUUCAGUCACAUGUUCAUAUCUAUUUGGAAGAUUUCUUUGUUUAUAUGUUCGGCACUACUAAUAUACUGGCUACGUGGAGAUGAUCCCGCCAAUAUGUUUUCAAUGUUUGGUGACGCAUUUGGACCACAUAAAAUCGCUGUAGACGAACUAGCCACAUCAUUGACUAGCAGUCUACCAGACUUUCUGGAAGCUUCUCAGAUAGACAGUAUAGAUAUUGAUGCAGAAUAUUACACAGCAAUCUAUGUACUUUUGCUCCAAGUCUUCGGAGCCUACUUCUGCUAUAUAUUCGGAAAGUUUGCCUGUAAGAUUCUUAUUCAAGGCUUCAGUUAUGCAUUUCCUGUGAGCAUGACCGUUCCUAUUGCGGUGUCUGUAUUGAUCGCAGCUUGUGGAAUAAGGACCGAUGAUCCAUGCUUCUUCCACGGCACCAUUCCAGAUUACUUGUUUUUCGAGAGCCCACAAAACUUUAGACUGAAUGAUUUUAUAACGAAGCAAAUGGCUUGGGCUUGGAUUUUGUGGUUGCUAAGUCAAACUUGGAUCUCAUUGCACAUUUGGACACCGAAAUGUGAACGUUUAGCCACAACAGAAAAAUUAUUUGUCUCACCUAUGUAUUCGGCUUUGUUGAUUGAUCAAUCUAUGGCAAUGAAUAGACGACGAGACGAUCAAGCUGAUGUUAAAACCGAGGACCUAGAACAAAUUGAAAAAGAGAAAGGUGAUGAGUAUUAUGAAACAAUAUCUGUCCACACAGAUGGCUCUGCCAUUCAAAAGCCUAGUAUAAAGAGUUCAGAUCAUAUUACAAGAAUCUAUGCGUGCGCUACUAUGUGGCAUGAGACCAAAGAUGAGAUGAUGGAGUUCUUGAAAAGUAUCAUACGAAUGGACGAGGACCAGUGUGCAAGGCGUGUUGCACAGAAGUACUUGCGCAUUGUGGAUCCGGAUUAUUAUGAGUUUGAGACUCAUAUUUUCUUCGAUGACGCUUUUGAAAUCUCCGAUCAUAGUGACGAUGAUAUCCAAGUUAAUCGCUUUGUGAAACUCUUAGUGACAACUAUCGAUGAAGCUGCAUCCGAUAUUCAUCAAACGACAAUUCGUCUACGUCCACCUAAGAAAUACCCAACACCUUACGGAGGACGUUUGGUUUGGACACUACCAGGUAAAACAAAAAUGAUUGCCCACUUAAAGGACAAAGAUCGAAUUCGUCAUCGUAAGCGUUGGUCCCAGGUCAUGUACAUGUACUAUUUGUUGGGUCAUAGACUCAUGGAAUUGCCAAUAUCUGUCGAUCGUAAGGAUGUCGUUGCUGAAAAUACCUACCUGCUUACCCUCGAUGGAGAUAUUGAUUUCCAACCGAGUGCUGUCACUCUGCUUAUUGAUUUGAUGAAGAAGAAUAAGAACCUAGGCGCAGCUUGUGGACGUAUUCAUCCUAUCGGAUCGGGUCCUAUGGUGUGGUAUCAAAUGUUCGAAUACGCUAUCGGCCAUUGGUUGCAAAAAGCCACAGAACAUAUGAUCGGUUGUGUACUUUGUAGUCCGGGGUGCUUCUCUCUUUUCCGCGGCAAAGGUCUCAUGGAUGACAAUGUGAUGAAAAAAUACACCACCCGCUCGGAUGAAGCUCGGCAUUAUGUACAAUACGAUCAGGGUGAAGAUCGUUGGUUGUGUACGUUGCUAUUGCAGAGAGGAUACCGUGUCGAGUACUCAGCUGCUUCCGAUGCCUAUACCCAUUGUCCAGAAGGUUUUAACGAGUUUUACAAUCAACGUCGUCGUUGGGUACCCUCAACACUUGCCAACAUUAUGGAUCUGCUUGGCGACUACAAACGGACUAUCAAGAUCAAUGAGAAUAUUUCGCUGUUGUAUAUAUUUUAUCAGAUGCUUUUGAUGGGAGGUACGAUUCUGGGACCUGGAACGAUCUUUCUUAUGUUGGUGGGGGCUUUUGUGGCGGCUUUUAGAAUCGACAACUGGACUUCGUUUCAUUACAAUAUUGUUCCGAUCCUCGCCUUUAUGUUUAUAUGUUUUACGUGCAAAGCAAACGUUCAGCUAUUUGUGGCUCAGGUCUUAUCCACUGCAUAUGCCCUCAUUAUGAUGGCUGUGAUAGUCGGUACAGCUUUGCAGUUAGGCGAGGAUGGAAUUGGAAGUCCUUCGGCAAUUUUCUUGAUAUCCAUGACGGGGUCAUUUUUCAUAGCGGCGUGUUUACAUCCGCAAGAGUUUUGGUGUAUAGCAGCUGGAAUCAUUUAUCUCUUGUCCAUUCCAUCUAUGUACCUGCUUCUUAUCUUGUAUUCGGUCAUCAACUUGAAUGUUGUCUCAUGGGGAACGCGUGAAGUUGUGGCAAAGAAGACUAAGAAAGAAAUGGAGGCAGACAAGAAGGCGGCAGAAGAGGCCUCAAAGAGGGUAAAACAAAAGAGCAGUAUGCUCGGUUUCCUUCAAGGUGGAAUUGGAGAUAAUGACGAUGAGGAAGGUUCCAUGGAGAUCUCUCUAGCUGGCUUAUUCCGUUGUAUUCUAUGUACUCAUGGAAAGACCACUGAUGAGCAAGCGCAAUUUAAGCAUAUAGCAGAUUCUCUAGAUACUAUCAAUAAGAAAAUAGAAAAUCUCGAACAUACUAUCGAUCCACAUGCUCAACAUCGUCGUCGUACAACAUCGUCAAGCUCAAAGGAUCAUCAUCUUUUAUCAUCAGUUGCUGAAAAAUCCGGCGACGAAUCGGAACAUUCAGAAUCAGAAAGUUCAACAGAACCUCAACAAGAACGUGAUUUCUUAACAAAUCCCUACUGGAUCGAAGAUCCCGAAUUAAGAAAAGGAGAAGUUGACUUUCUGUCAAGUGCUGAAUUACAAUUUUGGAAGGACAUGAUCGAUCAGUAUUUAUACCCUAUCGAUAAUGAUCCAGUCGAACAGGCAAGGAUCGCAAACGAUUUGAUUGAGCUGCGGAACAAGUCGGUAUUUGCCUUCUUCAUGUUCAACGCAUUAUUCGUCUUGAUCGUUUUCUUGUUGCAACUCAACAAAGAUAAAUUACACAUCGAAUGGCCGUUUGGCGUCAAAACGAACAUUACCUAUAUCGAAGAAACAGCUGAGGUUCAUAUUUCAAAAGAAUACUUACAAUUAGAACCUAUUGGUCUUGUAUUCGUGUUCUUCUUUGCUUUGAUUUUGGUGAUCCAAUUCUCAGCUAUGUUGUUCCAUCGUUUCGGAACUAUAUCGCAUAUCUUAGCUUCUACAGAACUAAACUGGUGCAAGAAAAAAUCAGAAGAUUUAUCACAGGAUGCUCUUAUAGAUAAGCAUGCUGUGGAAAUAGUAAAGAAUCUUCAACGGCUCCAAGGUAUAGAUGGAGGGGACUACGACAAUGACUCCGGUAGUGGUCCCGAUCGCAUAGCAAGGAGACGUACAAUUCAAAAUCUGGAAAAAGCUCGACAACCUCGAAGGCAAAUUGGAACCUUGGAUGUGGCGUUUAAAAAGAGGUUCUUGAAAUUAACCGCAGAUGAGAACAAUCCAGCAACACCAAUUUUGACCCGGAGAAUGACAAUGCGUAGGGAAACUAUUAGAGCCUUGGAAGUCCGAAAGAAUUCCGUGAUGGCUGAGAGACGAAAGUCGGCUAUGCAAACAUUGGGCGCCAAAAAUGAAUAUGGCAUCACUACAACUAAUACCACGUUAAACAAUGUUGGAGCCCCAAUUCGUAGCGGUCGUUCGUCCAAUGCUGGAAUAAGCAUAAAGGAUGUUUUUAAUACAAAUGGUGGCCUUACAGAGCAAAUCUACGGAUCCAAUGGUGGAGGAGCUAUUAACCAGGGCUACGAACACGUUUUAGAUGAAGAAGAUGGAAACUCAGUGAGAUUAACGACUCGAAACCCACAAGUCUCAUGGGGAACAAACAACAAUAUUGCGAAUAAUAGAUUGUAGGAAGAGAACGUUGAUGGAUACAAAAUGGAUAUUGAUAUUUUGUUUGAUAUUCUGAUAACUAUUAAGUUUUUCAAAAAUUUUGUUUUUUGUUUUAAAUUGAUUUUGUAUCAUUUCGGUUUAAAUGCGUUUUGAAUGUUGAAAAUUAAAGUGUUGUUAAGUGUAAAUAUAAUAUACAAAUAAAAAAGCCAAUUCAUCACUGCCGAAUUCUGAAAUCAGACAAACAAAAUGUGUUGUCUGUAAGCGGAGAUUAAAAUGUAAUUGUUUACCUACUAUAUAUAACAUAUACAUUAUAUAAAAGAAGCAAUUUAUUUUUGAUAUUAAGAGAUUUAGUUUUGAAUUUUUCAUUAUUUAGUUUGUUAUAUAAAUAUAGAUAUUAUAAUAGACAACGCUUGUACUCAAAUUUUGUAUUCUUAUCUACUGCCUACAUUUUUAGUCGAAAACUUUAUGAGAUUUUUAUAGAUAAUAAAAGAAAAGAAUAUUAUGGAUGA